AUGUACAGAAUAGACGUUUCAGAUUUUUAUGACUUCCAAGCGUUCAGAAAUAUGUGUCCAUUUAGAGACUAUAACAAAGCAGUCGAGAAUUUGAAACGUUUAGUCAUUUAUGUCGACUCUGCCCCAGAAUGUUAUGUCAUGAAAGAAUGGGAUGUAGUCUUUAACAAACCUAAAGCGACAAUAGUUUCAGAACAAGAAUGUAAACAGAAACUUAAGAAAAUAAAAGUCGUACAAGUUGGUAUGAAGAUGUUAGAUGCUUGGGAUAUCUUAUUGUCAAAGUUAGAAGAUUUUUCAGUUCGUGGUAUAAAGUUCUAUACACCAUCUCCAAACUUCUAUUCUAUCUUCACUGGAUAUAAAUACGAACAAGUAGAAUGGAAAGAAAAUGUUAUAGAAGCUUGGUUAGACCAUGUCAAAGAAAUUAUAUGCAAUGGAAACGAAAGAGUCUAUGAGUAUAUCUUAUGUUGGUUUGCAAACAUCUUACAACAUCCAAGUGCUAAAAAUGAAACUGCUCUCAUCAUAAUUGGAAAACAAGGA